GCGAGAUUAUCUUUUCAAUUGUAUGAGAAGAUAAGCCACUUUUCCAUCAGCCAAACAAACUUCAUCAUCUUUCCCAAAUGAAACUGAUCACUCUCCCUUUUCCACUAUCAUGCUCCUCAAAUCCCACCCUCCUCCGCUUCAAAUUCAAACCCCAAUCAUCUCUAAACCCAACUCUCGAUUUCCCCAAAUCCCAAUCCCCACAAAACCCCGCCAAAUCCCCUGCUAUAAUCAUAGGCGGCGGCCUCGCCGGACUCGCCGCGGCCACCCACCUAAACUCUCAAAACACUCCUUUCCUCCUUCUCGAAGCCUCCGACGCCGUCGGCGGCCGCGUUCGAACAGACGUCGUCGAAGGCUUCCUCCUUGACCGCGGCUUCCAAAUCUUCAUCACUGCCUACCCGGAAGCCCAGAACCUUCUCGACUACAAUGCCCUGAAUCUCCGCAAAUUCUACUCAGGCGCCCGCAUUUACUACGAUGGUCGGUUCCACACCGUAGCCGACCCGCUUCGCGAUUUCUGGGCCUCCGUCAAGUCCCUCGCCAACCCAAUCGGAUCAAUUCCAGAUAAAUUGCUCAUCGGAUUGACGAGAUUUCGGGUCUUGACGAAAUCGGACGAGGAGAUUUUCUCUUCCGGGGAAGAAGUAUCCACGAUGGAGCUGCUGAGUAAAAUCGGGUUUUCCGAUUCGGUUAUCAGCCGAUUCUUUCAGCCUUUUUUCGGCGGCAUUUUCUUCGAUAAAGAGCUUGGGACGACGUCCAGGUUGUUCGAUUUCAUCUUCAAGUGUCUAGCCCUCGGCGACAACACGCUCCCAUCCAACGGCAUUGGUGCGAUCCCCCAACAAUUGGCGGCAAAAUUGCCGUCCGAUUCCCUCGUUUUCAAUUCCCGCGUCGUUUCAAUUGAUUUCGACGACGACGACGAGUCUUUGUCGUCGCCCAGCGUGAGACUGGAGAGUGGAGAGGUUUUGAAAAGCGAGCUCGGAGUGAUAGCAGCAGUUGAACAACCUGAGGCGAAUAAGCUUUUAGCGGGAAAGGUAUACGAACCGGCUCGAAUCAAACCGGCUCGAAGUACUGUUUGUUUGUAUUUCAAUGCAGACCGAGCCAACAUUCCAGUCAGCGACCCGGUUCUGUUUCUCAAUGGAUCGGGCAAGGGUAUUGUGAAUAAUAUGUUUUUCGCAACCAAUGUGGCUCCUUCUUAUGGCCCAGCAGAUAAGGCUUUGGUAUCGGUUUCGCUUGUCGGAGAUUUUGAGGGCGUGGAUGAUGAUGAUCUGACGACACAAGUUGUUCGGGAGCUCUCAGAUUGGUUUGGGAGUUCAAUGGUGAGAUCAUGGAGGCACUUGAGAACGUAUCGGAUUAAAUUUGCACAACCAAAUCAAUGUCCGCCGCUCAAUUCAACGAGAGACCCUCGAGUCGGGUUGGGUGUGUACGUGUGUGGUGACCAUUGGACCACUGCCACAUUUGAUGGCGCUUUGGUUUCGGGAAGGAGAGCGGCGGAAGCUUUACUUAGAGAUAAUGCCUUGAGUCGGGUUGAUUAGGCUUAUUACUUCUUCCUCUCUUUUUUUUUUUCUUUUUCUUUCCAAUUACACUUAAUUUGUUGAAAAUUGUAUAUUCCAACUUCUCUUUUAUUAAUUUACACUCCCUAAACCUAUUGUAACGCUCAAAUUCUCAAAAUACCUAUUAUUUUUGCGGAGAAAUCAAUGUUGGAAGGGAUUGCGCUC